AAUCGAUCUGCUUGCUCGGAAAGCAGUCGGAAAAUAAUUCGCCCGUGGUAGGCAGGUUUCAUCAACGUCGGCUACCGUUAACCACGAUGGACUUCCCACCCGAUCUUUCUAUCGCUUUGCCGAUCGACCGUCGCUAACGACACCCUUUGAAUUCAUAAAUUCUUCCCGUUUUAUCGAAGAGUUCCCACCAACUCUAUCGAAGCUUGGAAAGAUAAACUUGACCUGGUCAAGUUCGCAGAAAACGCGUUCAUCUGCAUCUAUACUUCGGCCGAAGUCGAGGAUUUGCACAGAAAUUAGACAGCGAUGUGACGUACGCGGAAGAGGACGCGGUGAAGGAGAGAGCGGGGAAGGAGGAGGAAGAGAGAGACGUCGAGGGGGACACAAGCGGAGCGUUUCGAGGAGCGGCGUGCGUACUUGGUCGUGAUAAUGCGUGUGCGUGCGAGCGUACGUCGUCGUAAACGACGCGGUGCAAGAAGGAUCGCGAGGGAUAGACAGAGAUGGAAAAGCAAAGAGCACCGUCGUCGCGUCGUCGUCGGCAAUGAGUGCGCCGCGCGGGGAGACCUUGACGGCCCGAGGAGGUCUCGCUACCAUUUUCGCCGGACGUGGUAGUGGGUCGCAGGUGUGGACCAACCGACCGACUACCAUACACCGGUGCCAUAGGCCACGCAGGGUGGGGCACCACGAAAGCGGCGCGAAGGGACGCGAGCGAGGUUCUUCCGCGAGGGAGAAGAAAAAGUGCGAAGGUGUGGAGCGACGGAGUUCGAUCGUGAAGCCCGACCCGUAAAAAUCGCACGAACGCGCUCUCGACGUCUCUCGUGAGUGAAGUCUCCCUCGAGAGACGAGCGUAAAGUCAUUCGAAGCGGCAGUGAAAAUACCGCCACUCGGAGUCGCAAGAGAGCAGAAAUCGGUGUGCAUCCACACUACCGGCGCAGGGAACAAGGGCGACCUUGGCCUUACGAGCUUAUAUAACGAGGAAACGGCCGAUUCGCGAGCUCAGUCGUUUCGACCUAUCGACGCGACGACGUGUGCAACCGAUAUACACGCGAUCCAUCUUAACGGUACGCGUUUUUCCGCAACGAUUUUCACGCCGUCUGCCCCCGAUCGCGCGUUCCCGCCGCGAGUAACGAGUCGAGUUCCGGAAGAACCGCUGGAAGAAAAUCGGACACGACCGCGACUUCGCGUGUUUCCACGUGAGCGUGAAAUGUGUCGUUAGUGCGUUUCUUGCUGAGCGUCACCUGUGCGCGCCUCGCCGAACGCGAGGCAUCGGACCGAGCAUUUUCUCCGCUCGAGCGUUUUUCGCGCUCUUCGCUCGAGUCACCGUCGGAUCGCGCUCGCCGAGCCGUCUCAGGCGCGUUUCCCUAUCGCGGGAAUAAUUAUCGUCGGCGUUGUCGGAUGUCGCGCGCCACCACGUCGGAAACUCGGAGCGAUUAACGAGGAGGUUGCUGAAAAUGCAUUCGACGACGAGCGAGGUCGAAGUCGCGCGAUCGGAAAAAUAUAGGAGCCAUUAAAGGAGCGGCCGCGCGCGCGGCCACUUCGGCGGGUCGCGCCGUCGCGGUGGGGGAUCCCGUCGCGGAAAAUCAACGUCUCUUCUUGGCAGAAACGGAGGCAGCUCUCGUGGGUGGCAGCGGGCACGAGUCUCUCUCUCUCUCUCUCUCGCGCGCGCGUGCCCCCGACUCUCGGCGCUCUUCCGCUUUUUUGACAGUUGCGAGCGUCAGUGCCGCGCGACGCAUCGCAGCGCCCGCCGACGUUAUUUACGACGACGUUCAUUCGCCCACGGCGAGUCACCAUUGCUCACGAUCACGAGGAAGGAUGGUCAGUUCGAUAUUACUGCUUUGGGCGUUGGUCGGCCUAAUUGGCCGAGUGCACGGCAAAUGCAGCUUAGCACCGAUCGCCGACAACGAGCGGUCGAUCGCCUACGCGUGCAUCCACGGCGACCUGAGCGACCUCGACGAGCUCUCCAGCGAGACCGAGUGGAUAGAAUUCUCGGUGUCGCGCUUCCACGAGAUCCCGAACGAUGCGUUCCAGCGAUUCCGAAAUCUGCGCCGUUUGUCCUUCUACAACUGCCACGUGAACGUCAUCGGGCCGGACGCGUUUCGGAGCCUGCAUCGGCUCGACUGGCUGAUAUUCCAUGGUACGCGGAUCCACGCGGCCAGGGCCGCGUGGUUCCGACAUCUACCGAAUCUCAGGAAAUUGAUUCUGGACAGAUGCGGCCUGGUGCACGUCGAGCCCGACGUUUUUCGCAUGCUGCCACGAGUCGAGACUCUAGGCUUGCGCGAUAAUGACCUCGAUUGUCUGCCGGUGGAGGAGCUGUCGCAUAUGAGGAUGCUCAGGGCCGUGCGUAUCGACGGUAACCCGUGGUGGUGCGAGUGCCGUAUGCGGCUGGACCGUUUCUUCCGCGAGAGAUCGAUCAUUCAAGAGGAACGAUGCAAGCUCCAGCCGGGUGUACACCGGAGUCUGCAGUGUAUGACGCAGAUCGACAUCCCGAUCUUGUUUCCAAUAAUAACUGUCGAGCAGAUCGAGGGUUACGAGGAGCGGCGUCACAGCAACCGCUUCCAAAUGAGCGCGCUGACAUCGCUGGACCGUUUGCCGGACAGGAGCACGUGGAUCGAGAUCACGGGGCUGCGGAUCAAUCAUUUGCCCGAAUAUGCCUUCUUCCGCUUCGGCAACAGCCUGCGCAUCCUCGAGCUGCGCAAUUGCUCGAUCGACGUUAUCGAGCCCGGCGCGUUCGCCGGUCUGCAUCAGCUGCAGCGCCUCGUGCUCAUUGGCAACCGGCUGCCCGCGGUAGCCGCCCAUUGGUUCGACGAUCUCGUGGCGCUGCAACAGUUGGUGCUCGCGCGCAACGCCAUCCAGCGCAUCGAGCCAGGCGCGCUGCGCCCGUUAGCCAACAGCCUGCGCCAUCUGGACAUGCGAUACAACCGACUGCAGUGCCUGUCGCCGGACGAGCUGACGGAUUUGCGACAACUCGAGCGACUCGACGCUGUCGGUAACCCGUGGAACUGCGAGUGCCGCAGGAACCUGCACAGAGCUUUGAUGGAGCGGAAAGUGGGCUUCGAAAUUAGCGGUGGUCGCUGCUACGAGAACGGAAAGGAGGUCGGCGAGCCGACCGUUGGCGACGACCGAGGGCAGCAUUGGCACACCGUCACGACAACGACGACGAAUAUCGGCCAAGUGCGUUGGACUUCCUUCGAGGAAACGCUGCUCGAAAAGAACGUCACCGUGUUGAGACCGACCACUGUCGCUCCGACCAUCCCAGUUUACACGGAGAGACCACAUCCGCGUUACAGGGGUGUCUGCGUGCCCGACAAGACCGAGCGGUCGCGACAGGUGUAUACCUGCAGCGGCAUCACCUCGUUCAAGGAACUAGAGGUUGUACCACGUUCCGUCCAUACCUUGCGCAUCAUCCUCUCGAACUUGAAGACGAUCCCGACACGAGCGUUCGCUCGCUUCGAUGGCUACAUGUCCAGGCUAGAGCUACGCGACUGCGCCAUCGAGAAGGUCGAGUAUCGCGCUUUCGCCGACCUCUACAACCUGGAGUACCUGUCGCUGCACAGCAACCAAUUGGAGUCCGUCACGUCUCACGCGCUGGAGGGUCUGACGAACCUACGGCAGUUGGACUUGUCGCGUAAUCACAUCUCCCAUAUCACGAACGACGCGAUCGACCUGUUGUCGCAGCUACGCAGCUUGGACGUCUCUGAGAACUACAUGAACUGCAUCGGCGUUGAGCACAUGGCGCGCAAGAUGCCGCGUCUGAUCGCCCUACGGGUUUCAGGCAACCCCUGGAGUUGCCUGUGCGGCACCAAGUUGGCCAGCUUCCUGGACACUCGUGGAAUUCGCUACGACCGCGAGUCUUUGCUUGGCAUGAACGACGACUGUUACGCCACCAACACGCCCACCGUGACACCCACGACGAUAGCGACCACCUCGAAGAGCACCACCACCGAACCACCCUCGGUGCCCGUAUACGAAGAGCCCGUCACAGGCUCCUGCACCGUUCAACAAGAGCCUGCGGGACUUCGAUAUCGUUGCAUUGGCGGCAAUCUGUCGCUGCUGAAGAGCAUACCUCGCGACGUCGUCGCCAUCGAGUUUCACGAGGGUCACUUGCCGCGCCUUCCGAACGGGUCUCUCUACAAUUUCCCGAGUCUGCAAGAACUCGUCAUUAGAAACUGCGGCUUGAGCACGAUCGAGGCUGGCGCUUUCCGCGGUUUAGACUCUUUGGAGCGGCUCGCCAUUCAAAACAACCCGCUGACGUCGAUUGAGCAAGGCUGGUUCAACAUAGAGCGUCUCGAGCGACUGGAUCUGCGUGGCAACUCGAUCCGAUACAUCGCACCGGGUGCUUUCCGACAGCUACCCAGGCUGGUAUACCUGAAUCUCGAAGGCAACGAUCUCCAGUGCAUCUACACGAGCGACCUGAGCGACAUGUCGGGUCUGCACGUCGUCGAAUUCGCCGGGAAUCCGCUCAAGUGGCGCUGCCGGAUGGACCUGGAGCAGUUUCUCGAGAUGCGCAAGAUCAAGUUCGUCAAGGUGGAGAACUCGUGCGAGGGCAAGAAGAUCAUGAGAAGUCUCCUGUAUCAGAAUCGCACCGGCGAGCCGUUGGAAUGUCCGCCCAGCUGCUCCAUCGCCACCGAGAUCGAACAGGCGAAAUGUAUGACGUUCUUUGUUGCGUUUGCGAUGCUCGUCGCAAUGCGGAUGCAUUAAUUGUCCAUCCGGUUUUAACGACGACAGUUGAAUCAGUCGCACGAUUACGAAUGUCGGACUAACACAAUCGAUGGAACACGAACGUAGAGUUAAGUUGGUAAACAAAACGGAAUCUCGAGAGGAAAUCUACCUUUAUCGGUGAGAGAAGAAGGACACGCGGGUAGAUUCGGUAUUGUCAAUGUUGUCAUUCAAUGUGUUCAUCUGUGAAAACGCUUAAGCUGAUAAAUAUGUAUUUAUUAUUUCGCGAAUAUACCUGUAUAUUCGAACUUAGUCCUUUUAGAGUCCUUUUAAUACUACCUAAUAUCGGUAACUAUUUUAAUACCGGGUAACAUCGGAACGUAGGAUAUGACGCGCUAUAGUUAAUGAUCUUGUUAGAUUGCUUAGAUUGUUAGUAACACACUGUGUUUGUCCGACAAGCUUUAUUUGCGGGCGCUGCCGCGGUGAUUGUUAAAUGCGUCAUAGGAGUGUAAUUCAAAGGAAUAGAGAACACAGUACGUGUAAAGUUUAUACUGUAAAGUGUACGUCGACGAUGAUAAACGGAAUCGAGUGCCAUAUAGAUGUGAGUCAGUGCGACGCUAAAGCAAUUCUCGUUUGUGUUCAUUUUAAUAUACAUGUAUAAAUAUAGGGAGAGAAAACGAUUAUGUACAUAAUAAAUAUAUUUAUUGUCGAAAUUGUAAUAAGCUAUUUGCUAUUAAAAUGUAACAAAUUUCAAUAAAAAAUCUAUUUUCUGCA